AAUGCGUACGGCACUUUUUUUCAAAGCAUACACGUGCAGUUCAAGAAUUCCAUUCUUCUUUUCCGGGACAAAAAUCUUUUCUUGGAUGAAGACGUCUUUUUGCCCGUGAGAGUAUUUCCUGUACCAACCAAUUUGAUGUGCGGAAUCAUUUUAAAUUGCAGUGAAAAUGCAGAGUUGAAAAAUAAACAAAUGAAGGACAAGGAGUUGGGAUUUUUCUAAAAGAUGUGAAAUCGUGACAUUUAUGAAACCGCGGUACCGCUAUUCAUAAUUACCGCGGUGAGAAUUUUCAGAGAUUUGGUUAUUAACAAUUCUGUUCUGAUUGAUGAAUUUAUAAAAGAGUGGGCGGUGAUGCAUCUAUGAAAAUAUAUUUUUGAGGGGAUGUUUCAUUCUGCAUAAGUUGUAUUUUACAUAUUUUUGUGGGGUUUUGAGCGAGGAAAAGUGAGUGAUUUGGAAUUUUAUAGAAAAUACAAGAAAAGUGACAAUUUUCAUGUAAGGACGAAAGAUGAGGUGGUUGGAUAUUCUUGCAUUUAGGAACAGUGCAGUUCGCAUAUUGAGAGUUUUUCGGGUGCGUCAAUUGAUGACACCUUUUGCAGAAGUGAUUUUUGUUUAAAUAGGGGCGACAUCGCUUUUGGAGAGUUUCGUACAUCCACCGACGGGGGUAAAUGAGGAAAAUUCUUUUUCGAAAGAUUACAGAUUUACCUCAGACACUCUGGAUCUGAGUUCUCACCACCUAAAUAAUAAUAACAACAAUAACAAUUAUACAAGAAUUCUUGAAGGCGAGGGUGGAGUUGGACCACCGGAAAUUGUGAUGAAAGAAAAAAGCAAAAACGCGGCGCGAUCGCGUCGCGAGAAGGAGAAUCAAGAAUUUUCCGAACUCGCAAAAUUGCUUCCACUUCCAACUGCAAUCACCACGCAAUUGGACAAAGCAAGCAUCAUCAGACUCACGACAAGUUACCUGAAAAUGAGAAGAGUUUUUCCUCAUGGCUUGGGCGACGAAUGGGGAGCAGCACCACCUCCUCGUGAAACGAAUAUGAAGGAAUUAGGUUCACAUCUUCUACAAACACUGGACGGAUUUAUCUUCGUCGUAGCACCUGACGGAAAAAUCAUGUACAUCAGUGAAACAGCGAGCGUGCAUUUAGGAUUAUCCCAGGUGGAAUUAACCGGAAACAGUAUUUUCGAAUACAUCCAUGAAGGAGAUCGUGAUGAAAUGGCUGCUAUCUUGAGCUUACCAGUUUUACCACAAGCCCCAGGUUACGGACCUGGUAUCAUCCCAAGUUCUGCUCUUCCUCCGCCCAAUGCAAGAGGUGAUAUCGAAAUCGAGAGGGCUUUUUUUAUCAGAAUGAAGUGCGUUCUCGCCAAAAGAAAUGCUGGGCUCACCAAUCAAGGAUGGAAGGUCAUUCACUGUUCGGGCUACCUCAAAGUGAAGCAAUGCAGUUUGAGUGGAGUCCCAGGAUCCGAAUAUGAAGACAGUUGCGAAAUCCACAACGUUGGUUUAGUGGCUGUCGGUCAUUCACUGCCGCCUAGUGCAAUCACGGAAAUAAAGCUGCACAAUAACAUGUUUAUGUUCCGGGCUUCUCUCGAUUUGAAGCUAAUUUUCCUCGAUUCAAGCGUUCCAAAAUUGACCGGAUACGAACCUGCAGACCUUAUUGACAAAACACUGUACAAUUAUAUCCACGCGAGUGACGUUCGAGAUCUGGAGUAUGCUCACAAACUACUUCUAGUGAAGAGCCAAGUGACAACCAGGUACUACAGGUUCCUGACAAGGUCUGGUGGUUGGGUUUGGAUGCAAUCCUAUAUCACGAUAGUGAACAACCAAAGAAGCUCUAGACCACAAUGCAUCGUGUCGGUGAAUUUCGUUCUGUCUGAACCGGAAGAACCAGAUCUAGUUCUCAACACAGAUCAGAAGAUGAACAAUUCCAUUCCCGGUAAUCCACCAAGCACACCACUCUCAGCAUCAACACCAGGAAAAGCCAGUACAAAUGGUCAUGACGAUCAUAGUCUGAGUCCAUCCUAUCGCAGCAGAACAGACUCUGAAUAUCCAGAUUCUGGUUAUGCCAGUUUGGAGUAUCUCAACACCUCCAAUCAGGCACAUUAUAUUCAGUCUCCUUAUACUGCUCAAGCCUGCACUCCACAUGAGGAUGGUGUCUUCUAUGCAUCAGAACUCUUCCACUAUGAGUACGGUCAGCCUGAUCACAUCACUGCAAUUCAGCACCAUCAUCAUCAGCAUCAACAACAAGUUGUCCACCACACCUCAACCUCAAUAAUGAACACCCAUCAACAGAGUCCUCAAAAUCCCAGAAAGAGGCCCUACUCAGCCUGUUCCAGUUCCUGCGAAAGUUCGGAUGCAUCAGAAAGUCAUCAAGCAAGUCCCCUGGGUGUUAAUUUGAUGGUGGAUGGACUCAGGACAGUCAAUUCUUUCCCAGCGUAUCAUCCAGGACACCAGCAUCAUAUUUUGGAACCCUCUUCCUCGGCUAAUUUAGAAAGCAAUGCUGUCAUGUUUCCAAACUGCAACAUCAGCAACAAUAAUUCCACUUAUGCUACCACCAAUGCCAAUCUUCCUCACUAUGAAACCUAUCCUCAUCACUCAGGACAUCCGAGCAAACGAAGAGCCCAUCAUGUGGAGCAUAUUGAGAGUCCUGGCUACACCAGUGUCAUUGUCGACUCCCAUCAGUAUAGUCCUAAUUCCAUACAAAUGCAUUCACAAACGCCUGUACCAGCAAAUUCUAUACCACUGCAUGCACAUCAUCAUGAAGCUCAUCGGCAAUUUGUGCACUGACAGUCAGUGGAAGUGCCCAUGUAGCACUCAGAAAUUGAAAUUACUGACAGAAGAAACUUUCCGGAUGUGACAAUCCGGCUGAGUUUGAGAACCUCGAAAACUUUGGGUCGAUUUGAAAAUUGAUCCUCGGGAGUAGAAAUAGGGGAUGUGGUCUCCUGAUCGAAAAAAACGGAGUAAAAUGCUCUUCUGAAAUUUUCUUGAACUUAUUUUCUGAACUGGUAAAAGAAUAUUCAGGAAAAUCUGAAAAGAGACCCUUGAGAUUGGCGGUUCGUUCAUUCAAAGUUCUUAGGGCCUUCUCAGGAAGAGGAAAUCUCACGGGUUUCCUUUUGUCAGAGUUUACGGCUCUUUAUUGCCUUCCAUUUCACUUUAUUACCCUUUUCCUCACAAAAGUUGAAUGGAUAUCGGAAUUUUUUGAUUGAGAACGAAAAACGCGUUCUUCGAUUAUAGAAAUCCUAGAAGCUUGAAAACACAUUAAAAAAAAA